AUGGAGGGGGCUCCCGUGUCUGCGGUCGCGGAGGUGAGCACGCGCGUGCAUGUGCAGGUCGGUCGCACGGCGACGAAUGAGGGCCGAGUCGUGGGCGGAAUUGUCGGGCGCGUGAACAGCAACGGGACCCUCGGAGUUCUAAUGGACAACGGCUGCUUUGCGGCGCAGGUGUCGCAGGACGACCUGGUGCUGGUGGAAGGGCGCGCUCGCAUCACGCUGGAGAGGGGCUACCUGGACAUGGUGAAGUGGAUUCGCGACGCGGGCGUGCACCGCCGCGCUGAUCGAGAGAGGCUGUCCUCCGUGCUGUAUCAGCGCGGCUGGCGCGUGGACAGGCUGUACCUGCUGGGGCCGAGCGAUGUGCACUGCGUGUCGUACGUGAAGAGGUCGGUGAGACUGCUAGUGCUGGAGAGGGCGGAGUGGCAGCGCGACCACCACGCAGAGCUGCGCGCGCUGCAGCGUGAGCGCGUGAGGGAGCGCGCGUGGCGCUACGUCAUUCAGAGGUACAGUGGCUUUGUGAGCGCCAACUGGGCCGCGCUCGGCGUCCUUUCCGUGUUUCUCUGGAACUUCAAGAGCUACAGGCGACAUCAGCGCUCCUUUCAGGUGAAACGCGCCGUCAGCACCCUGACCGACACUGACCACCAAUACACAAGCAGCCCUGCGGAGCCGCCGCAGUUUGUGGAGCGCGCGGCGGAGGAAAGCUGGGCACGCCAGGUGCUCCGCCAGCCUGACAUCACCCACCCCCGCAUCGCCGUGGUGACUGGGCUCCGCGGGUGCGGCAAGAGCUCACUGCUGCGCUCGGCGGUGCGCAAGGAGCACAGGCCCGCGCUCUUCGUCGAGGUGCGUGGGGGCGAGGACACGCUCAGCUGCAUCGUGAAGGCGAUGAAGGUGCCGAACCUGGAGUGCUGCGGGGACCACUUGGAGUUCAUUGCCGACACCUUCACCAAGGCGGCGAAGGUCAACGGCGAGCCCCCCAUCUUGGUUCUCACACUGCGAGAGGGGUGCGAGCUGUCGCGGGUGUACAACGAGUCCGCCCUGCUCGCCUCUGAUCGCCGGCUGUGCCACCUCGCCUACGAAGUUGCCUUGGAGUCACUGACGACUCAGAACGUGCUGCUGCCGCGGCUCGAUUUCUACUUGGUGCCGAACUUUACCGCUCGGCAGGCGCUGCAGUGCACCGAGCACGCGGUGGACGCCACAUCGAUGCUGCACUUCAUUGAGGUGGUGGGGACGAACUGCAGCGACAUUGACGAGCUUCUGGCGGCUGUGCGGCACCGCAGGGUGUCGGUUGUGGAUUACAUAGACCAGAAGCUGCUGAGGGCGAUGCGGCGGGCCGAGGCUGCUUGGGCCAGCUCCGAGACGCUGCGGGCAGCAGUGAAGAGGCUGGCUGAGGCGGAGUACUAUGUCGGACAACAGAAUGGCCCUAGCGUGCUGCGCGAUGCGGAGCUGAAGGGGAUCGUGCUGUACGACCCGGUGCGCGACCGAUGGAUGUUCACGCACAAAGUCUAUCACACCGCUGCGCGCUGCUGCCUGUAG